UCCAUGGGCUGGGUGGAAAUAAAGGCUGCCGCACCCCGGCCGGCUGCCAGAGUUCUCCAUCCGGCUGCACGCCCCAACGCUAAUUUUUAUCGGCGUUUCCCCUAAGAAAAUGGCUGUGAACAAGUUUAUAAAGUAUUCCUUAUUCAUCUUUAAUUUUCUCUUCUGGCUAUGUGGAUGUGGCAUCCUUGCCAUCUCCAUAUACCUGAAGGUGACCAACAAUGGGAAUAAGGUCCUGAGUGUAACUAUUCCCGGUGUCGACCUGCUGAUUGCCAUCGGUGCGGUGAUCAUGGUCCUUGGGUUUCUGGGAUGCUGUGGCGCCAUUCGCGAGAGCCGCUGCAUGCUGCUGCUGUUCUUCAUCGGCUUGCUUCUCAUCUUCAUCCUCCUACUGGCUGCAGGAAUCCUGGGUGCCGUUGCACAAUCACAGGUUGACAGCUGGCUAAAGGGAGAACUUCAAAAACUUAUGCCUUUAUCCAACCAGCCAUCAGAUGUCCAGCAUGAUAUUGGCAUACUGCAACAGGAGGGGCUAUGCUGCGGGCUGACGGGGGGGCCCCAGGACUGGGCCAAUCAAGUGCCAGACACGUGCAAAUGCACAAACACAUCCGCCCAAUGCGCACCCGUGGCCGGUAACAGUGUGUACACCACGCCCUGUGUCACAUAUUUGACAAACAUAAUGAAGAAAAAUGCGAAGAUUGUCGCAGGAAUUGGUUUUGCCAUCGGGGUAGUGAUGCUUAUAGGAAUGAGCUUCGCCAUGACCCUCUACUGCCAGAUCGGCAGGAAGGGCGGCGUGACCACCUCCUGAGAUGUCCUUCAAGAUGAUUUCUGUCCCACCUACAAGAUGAUCAUUUAUAGGUGACAGCUGAAGAUUGUGUAGAGAAAAAAAAUAUAUAUGUAUGUAUGUAUGAAUUUGUAAAUGCAUAGGACAUGGAGGAAUAAGGUUCACAUGCAAAACUCGGUUUUAAAUUUGUUCUAAUUGGAUUUUGGAUCAGGUUUCUAGCAUAACUCUACCAGCCUUCUGUCUGUCCAACCAUAAAAUGAAAUGCCUACAAAGACAUUCAGAGGAGAAUGUUCUUGUGUUUUGUUUAGAGAGAUAUGUCUGCAGUCGAGUAACAUUUUUAUCUGAUGUCUGUCUUAACCGUUUGGUGGUGGUUUGACUUUGUAUUUAAAGACAAUGUUGGUUAUUAUCGAUUUCGGGAACUGUCUUAUGCUCCUCGCACCAGACUUGUGAUUAAUAAUCUGUUUCUGAAAAUGCUAAAGAAUUGUGUUCUUUCGGCUUUUGCUAAAAAAUAAACUUGGGGAAACUUUA